UCUCAUGACUUAUGUGUUUCUAAAAAAAAUGUUUCAAGUAGAGUUUUAUGAUUCUCAUGACUUUUGUGUUGUCUCUAAAAAAAGUCCAAAAAAUGUUCAAAUGAACCGAGCCAUUUAGUACUAUAUUAAAACAUUCUAGAUGAUCCACCAUGAUAUGCCCACUUUCCAUAAACAAAUAAACAAAUAAGCAUUCCUAGAUUCUUUCGAAUCUUUCGCUCUCUUCCCAAAUAUGCAAAAUCCAAAACCAAUCCUUUUCAAUUUCAAUUUUCAGCCCUAAUCACAAAAUCAUUUCAACCCAAUUCUCAAAAUAAUCACCAAUGAAAUUCGGAAAAGAGUUCAAAACCCAUCUCGAAGAAACAAUCCCUGAAUGGAGAGAUAAAUUUCUAUGCUACAAACCAUUGAAGAAGCUUCUCAAACAUCACUUACCAGCCACCACCACCACAACAACAGCAACACCGAUACCCAUCAAUCUUCAUCUUCACUUUCUUCAACAACCCUUUUCUCCUAACAUCUUGCAGGCUUGGUUUCUUCGGAUUCUUAAUCAAGAGCUUGAAAAGUUUAAUGAUUUCUACGUUGACAAAGAGGAAGAGUUUGUUAUCCGAUUUCAGGAGCUGAAAGAGAGAAUUGAGUGUCUUAAAGAAAAAAGCAGCAAGAGCGCAAAGUACACUUCUGACUGUGAAUUUAGUGAAGAAAUGAUGGACAUUAGGAAGGACUUGGUUACCAUCCAUGGAGAGAUGGUGCUCUUAAAAAACUACAGCUCCUUAAACUUUGCAGGACUAAUUAAAAUUUUGAAGAAGUAUGAUAAAAGAACUGGCGGGUUAUUGCGUCUUCCUUUUACACAAAUUGUUCUUCGACAACCUUUUUUCACUACCGAGCCUCUGACAAGGCUAGUUCAUGAAUGCGAGGAAAAUCUCGAGCUACUCUUUCCCUUACAAGAAGAAGUAAUUCAAUCAACUUCUCAUCCAGAACAUGAGACUAGACCACCUGGAGAUAAUACAACGAAUACCUUACCAGAGUCAUCCUCAACCCUUGGAGAGGAACCGAUGUAUUUAUAUCGAAGCACUCUUGCUGCUAUGAGAGCCAUAAAGGGCCUUCAGAAAGCUUCCUCCACCUGCAAUCCAUUUUCGUUUUCUUCUCUCUUUAGCAACCAAGAUGAUGAUAGUAAUGGUGCUGUAACUGCUGAAAACUCUGCAGCGAAUUCUCCGGAUACCUUGCAAAACGAGGAAGGCACGGGUAAAGAAGACACUGACUAACCUUUUUUUUUACUUUUGGGUUUCAUUUGUUUCAACCUUGUUAGUCGAAACUAAAUGAAGUGUUCUCUCUUUUUGUCCACAUAAAGUGUGUAAAUGAUGAGAUGUAUUUUCUUUAGAAUCUAACUUGGAAAAUACUUCACUUGUUUACCUUUAUAUGCUUCUUACAAUUUAUAUUUAAGGGGUACGUUUGAACUGA